AGGGGGGGGGGGGGUCCAUGGGGUCCAUGGGCACGUCUGUCGCAGGGCUAUUGUGUAACUUCAGAACGCCGAUUUUUGGUUUCGUUUAUGGACUAGCUAGCAUGAGCUGCUGGGCUAGCCAGCUGCUUAGCAUUGUGUAGUGUGUAUUUGAUUUAGCUAUAGUCAAUGAAUUAAAAGCUUGCUAGAUCACUAAGUAAGGUGUACUGUAGCUAAAUGACACCACGUAGACAUCGAUAGCAUGCAACAAAAGCCUUAAAACGGUGCCAGAACUCUGAAAUCUGAUGGUCCAAAAUGCCUCAAAAACUUAAAUUACACAGGAGUAGUCACUACAUUGAGCUGGGGAGUUACCAGUACUGGCCAGUUCUGGUGCCUCGGGGAAUCCGCCUGUACACAUUUGAACAGAUCCCGUUAUUCUUGAAAGAAAACCCAUACAUUACAGAUGGAUACAGAGCACACUUGACAUCAAAACUAUGUUUAAAAAGCAUCUUUGUGCUGUCCAAUGAAACAGUCAACAUAUGGACUCAUCUGUUGGGAUUCCUCCUGUUCUUCCUACUGGGGGUGAAUGACAUGUCUACAGUCCUGCCGGCUUCAGGUGCCAACAGAGAAGACUAUGUCAUCUACUGCAUAGGACUCUUCUGCUUUCAGGUGUGUAUGCUGUGUUCAGUGGGGUAUCACCUCUUUUCCUGCCACCGCUCAGAGAAGACGUGUCACCGCUGGUUGGCGCUGGACUAUGCUGGAAUCUCUGUGGGAAUCCUGGGCUGUUACAUUCCAGGGGUCUUCUAUGCCUUCUACUGCAACAUUUUCUGGAGACAGGUGUACUUGGUGAUUGUUCUAGCGUUGAUAUUGGCCAUAUUCUCGGCUCAGAUCCACCCUCACUACCUCUCUAAGGAGUGGCAACACCUGCGGACCGUCAUCUUCUGCUCUGUGGCUGGCUACGGGGUCAUCCCAGCUGUCCACUGGGUCUGGCUCAAUGGAGGCUUCAGCUCCGCUGUCGUCCAGUUGUUCCUCCCUCGUGUGAUUGUGAUGUAUUUGAUAGCUGGAGCUGCGUUCCUCUUUUACAUCUCUAAAAUCCCAGAACGCUGCUUCCCAGGUCAGCUGAACUAUCUGGGUGCCAGCCACCAGGUGUGGCAUGUCCUGGUAGUGUUUAUGUUCUACUGGUGGCACCAGACUGCUGUGUAUAUAAUGAACUUCAGACACAACCAGCCAUGCCCUCCUCUCUACACCAAUAGUGGCUAGCUGGAGCCACACAGACUAGCAUCCAGCCACCAAGCAACCACAGCCUGUACUGUAGCCACUCAAUGCAAUCAAACCAGACUACAGACCUCCUAUAUAAGCCUAUUCUACAGAUGCCCAGUCAAGACCCAUAUCCAAGAAUACCCAUGACAGUACUGUUAAACCUUGUAGAAAGCUUGAAACCAUCUCUGGUUUUAAGGUUUGCUAUUGGUGGUAUGCAAUCGUAUCUGCUUUCUGCUGAGACUUCUGUAAGGCCAAGUUAUAAGAGAUGGAAAGACAGGUCAAUCAUAGCCUGAUCGCAGGUCUGGGAAGCAAGAUGGCACAAACAGAUCUGGGACCAGGCAGGGUAAGUCACUAGACACACUGUACACAAUACAUAUACCACUACAGCUGAACAUUUUCUGUGAUUCUCCAAUUAUCUUUUCAUAUUCAAGAUUUUUUUAACCUGAUUUGUAUCUAUUCAUUUGCAUGUAAGCUACUGUUUGAAUGUUACAUGCUGUGAAAUACUUCUCUGCUGCCUUGAGCAAAUGGGACCUUCCAAAGGGUUAUGUGCAAUCUACCUACCUACUAUCCUAUGGAAAUGGAACAACAACAAAAAAGUUAUUUUUGCUUGAGUAGUUUUAUCUGUAUUCAUCAAUACUUGAAUUGUUUGUGUGUUGUAUUAUUGCCUCUGGCACAAACUUCAUUGGGUUCUAUGGUGGGGUUGAGUAGUUAUCUUACUGUUUUUCAUUAAUGGUGGGGUUGAGUAGUUAUCUUACUGUUUUUCAUUAAUGGUGGGGCUGAGUAGUUAUCUUACUGUUUUUCAUUAAUGGUGGGGUUGAGUAGUUAUCUUACUGUUUUUCAUUAAUGGUGGGGUUGAGUAGUUAUCUUACUGUUUUUCAUUAAUGGUGGGAUUGAGUAGUUAUUUUACUGUAUUUCAUUAAUUGUGGGUUACUUUUAGUAUUAGUGGUCAACUGACCUCCUUCCUCUCACAAUCCACUUGAAUCUAAGGGCUGAUUCAAGAACUGUUUAGAGAAAUGUAACCAACUAAACAUAAACCCAAUAAAAUAGAUUGGGAUUAAAUUCCACUCGCCUUAAUUUGUUAGUGUCCCUGUGUCACUCACGGGUGUGAACAACUGCAUAAGAACAAAAGUCCUAAUGGCCAGUAUUAUCGAUUGUAUGUUAUACACCACAAUAGUGUAGUACACUUGAAUUCAGGUUAGGUCAAAUUACUACCCAGUCUCUCUCUAUGCAACAAUAUACUGUACAUCUCCUGCCAUUUUAAUCCAGUUCCCAGUCAUUUAAUUAAAGGAAAUGUAUCCAGCAAUGCAAUGACAUUUUGGUCACACGUUUUUAGAUUGUCUCCAGCUGACAUACUUAGCCUCUAGUCAGAUAAAGAUGCUCUGUCAGAGUCGUGUGUAUAGGUGGCAGGGAAGUCGUGACAUGCUCAGAACAUAUCACAGCCUGUAAUGACUGGAAAUGUAGCAGACUGUUUGUUUGCCUUGUAAAUUCACUUUUGAUUUUAAGUAUGACUUUCAUUAUUUACUGUGUAAUUACUGUAUUAUUUUACCUGUCUGUCUUGUUUGUUACAUUGUUCAACAUUUGUUUUUAAUUUAUUUUGGCAUGGUUGAUGGACCUUUACUUUUGAAUACUGGCACUAAAAGGGGCACAUUAUUUUAAUCUAUCUGUUAUAUGACAUGUUUCUCUUUGAUUACUAUCAAUAAAUAAAGAAUGCCUCAAGAAA